AUGAGGGACGGGUACGAGUCGGUGGUGGGCGGCGGUCAUUACGAUGGGGCACAUGUCAGAGUGGCCCCGACUGAUAGGGUUAAGACAAACAGGCCCUACACUUAUCAGCCCCGGGGCUGCGGACAGCCCGGCGAGUAUAUACAGUUGACCGACGGGUUUAUGGAGAGUCUAUUGAAUUAUGAGGCAGAAAUACAGCAAAAAACACCAUCAGUGAAAAAAGCAAUUGUGACCCUGACUGAUAGGGUUAAGACAAACAAGCCCUACACCUAUCAGCCCCGGGGCUGCGGACAGCCCGGCGAGUAUAUACAGUUGACCGACGGGUUUAUAGAAAGUCUAUUAGACGAUAAGGCGAGUGAGAAGUUUGAUUAUCCAGAAAAGCACCUGGUUCACGAAUGGGCUCACUAUAGGUACGGUGUGUUUGACGAGUACUCAGCCGAUGGCGACCCGAAAUACCCGGCAUUUUAUAUGGAAAACGGGACCAUAUAUCCGACCACGUGCGUAAAAGGAAUUAAGGGUCGCCAGGAAGACAUGGAGGGUAAGCCGUGUAAAAUAUACGCCGGGGGUCAGGUGGCACCGGACUGUCGCUUUGUGCCCGACCCUAUGGACACCAAUGCCUUGGCAUCCAUUAUGUUUAUGCCACACAUGAAAUCUAUUGAAAAAUUUUGCCAAAACGAUACUGAUGAUCCGCGAUUGCGGCACAAUAUCUACGCCCCCAACAAGCAAAACAUACAGUGCAACUACCGGAGCACUUGGGAGGUCAUUGAAUCGAACAGGGACUUUAAAAACCAGUAA